AGAGACAAACCUUCCUCGGUCAAGCACCGCUGGCAAUGGACACCUGUCUAUCAUGUGGUGAACAGCUGGACAAUAAGUGUGAAGACAAUAUGAUUGUUGAUGGCUUCAUUUUGACAAGUGGUUAUAGAAGCGGACAAGAUGUUACCAAACCUUACAAAGACCCUAGUGUCUCCACAAUGGGAAAAUGCAGUCAUGGUGGUCCGAGGGACGAGAGCAGUUCAUCAGUGGCAGCCCUGGGGGGAAUCAACAAAGACUCCACCCUCGUGUCCCUGUCUCCCCACAGUCAUCUCCACCAGGUGGCAGCACAGGCAGCCAUUGAACACACCUCGUACUUCUUUGAUGAUGAAGAAUACGGAAUCAGGGGUAUCAUCGGGACCGACAAGUUCAACAAGUUACUUCAGCUGAAAUCUAGAGCCUCGCUUGCAUUCAUUAUAGACUAUUCUGGCUCCAUGAGCGAUGACAUUGCAGGACUUAAGUCUGUCUCUCGGGAUAUCAUAUCAAGUACGAUUGGGACCUUGGAGGAACCAGCAAACUUCAUUUUCUCCCUCUUCAAUGACCCGUUGUCACUGAACAUGAUUUACACGACUGCUGAUGGGAAUGAUGCCCUGCGAUAUCUGGACGAGAUCAGGGUCUUUGGUGGCGGCGAUUGCCCAGAAUACGCUAUGACUGGACUCGUAAACGCUCUGGCUGUCUGCAAUUACAACUCCGACCUAUACUUCUUCACGGAUGCCUCUGCUAAAGAUGCAUAUUUUGGAGUCACAGUAUUGUCACUAGCCAUCUUGAAAAGAGUUGAACUGGAGUUUGUAUUGACCGGUGAUUGUGCUCGGCGGAAGCGCUCGACAGAGGGCGGUGAUAACAGGAACCGCCGGUACAGACGUUCCACGGACGGUGAGGAUUUAUACAGGAGGCUAGCCACAGCUACUGGAGGCUCCGUCUACGUCACAAGCAAGGCAGGCAUCGCCAAGGUCGCUGAAAUUAUAAAGGAAUCAGUUAAAACGUCUUCUGUCACUAUCAUCAAAACAUCUCUACCAGCUUCUGACGAGAACGUCACCUUUCCUGUGGACCAGACCAUUCGCCAAGCUACAGUCAAGAUUAUAGCAUUGGACAGAACGACGCCCGUGUAUAAACUAUAUACACCUGACAAUACCGAGGCUACGUCCAAUGUAACUGUGUCUGACCUUGGAGAUGGAAUACUUUUGGUCAAGGUUGAGGUGUGUACAUUUUUCCUGCAGUUUUUACGCUAUCAGGUCACUACUAGACGAAACACGCUUUGUCCACACUGUGGAUAUAUCAAGCGCCUUGACCAAUAACUGAACUUAUCUGCC